GAGACCUAGACAGGAGGAUAGCUAUGAUAGGCGCCGUUUCAGACCCCGAGGGUCUUAUGAUAGAUCCCAGCAGAGGUUUCAGUCGGGUCAGUCUAGUAGCCCCUUCCAGGCUGCUCUCCAGGCAUCAGAGGGUGAUCAGCACCGCCAUAUUGGUUUUAGUGCCGGUCCUAGUCGGGGCCGAGAUAGUUCACAGAUGGGUUCUUCUGGCCGGGGUAGCCGACCUCCAGCUCUCAGUCGACAGUUCCAGGGGUGUUAUGAAUGUGGGGGGUUAGAUCAUUGGGCCCGCGAGUGUCCCCAUCGCAGGUUAGCCUUACCCGCUCCACAGGCAGCUAGGCAUGCGCCAGCACCUCCAGCUAGAGGCAGAGGCCAGGGACAGGACCGUAGGGGUGGUCACCAGGGUAUACGGGGUGGUCCCCGAGGAGGCAGAUUAGGGGGCAGAGUCGAUGCACAGGGUAGGGGAGUCCAGGCCCACUUUUAUGCAGCUCCAGCUAGAGCAGAUGCUGAGACCUCGGACGAUGUGAUCACAGGUCCGAGCACUAGUAGCCAGCGUUGAUCGAGCUUGGAGUAGACUUAUCCGGAGACGGGGGUGAGCACACGGCGUUUUGUACUAUUUCAGUCUCCAUCUGUAUAUAUAGACUUGUCUUUUUCCUUUCGAGACAGUCCAGUCUCUGUUGUCCAGUUUUGGGACUUGUACUCAUUUAGUAGUAGCUCUGUACUAGUGACUUCCAGGUUCUGGGAGGGAUCUUUAUUUGUAGAUAUGUUUUUGG